AAGUUAUUUUGGUAACCUUGGGAAUUCUUCCGGGAUUUCUUUAAUCAACAUGGCUGCUUCGUAAAGCAACUUGUAUGUUUCCGUUAACUACAUGCACGCAUUUUAUUGAUAGUUGUAGGUAAAUAUUUGCACUUAAACUAUUAGAGUAAGCAGUCGAUUGUCAGUCAGUAUGUUUCAAGUUAUUACCAGAAGUACCCCGGUAAUCCGGCUUCUCGCCCCCCGUGGAGCCGUGCUUGUGGAGGCUGUCCGGGGUAGGAAGACCCGCACCGACCCAAAGGCCAAAUCCAAAGAGGGGCGCAUCAAAACGCCACCUCCCGUCGACCCGGUGGAGAUGGUGGUCCUCAGGGAGAGAUUCACAGAAUAUGACCUGAUCAUGAGAGCGCUGAGGCUGGAGUUCAAGGAGGAGAUGCUGAGGAAGAGGUAUGAAGAGGAGGUGGGCUCCCUGGCGGAGGAGAGGGCGAAGCAGGAGGCGGAGGAGCACCGCUCCCUCAUGACCUGGAACCAGGAGGAGAAUCUCCGCAUGCUCAAGAUCAGGGAACUGAGAGUUCAGAAAGAGGUGGAAGCUGCUGAGGUCAAGAAGACAGAGGCAGCCAUUCUGCGAGAGCAGGCCAUGGAAAGCUUUGUUAAAGAGAAGGGAGAGGAGAUAAUGCGGAUUCAGGAGGAGGCCAAGAGCUUCAUCAACCUGGAGAACCUGGACCAGCGUAUUGAGGAAGCCCUGGAUAACCCUAAGAACUAUAACUUUGCCAUCGACAAAGAUGGCCGCGUGGUGAAGAGGACUGUGCUGCAGUGAGAGAGACUGAGGAUGGCUGGAAGUGUAGAGUGAAGUUGCCCCUAGACUCUGAUCUGGAUUCAGUUUAUCCUUUUCCCCCACUAUGGUUCAGGUUAGGAUUGUGGGAAUGGAAGCUGAUUCUGGAUCUAUACCUAAGGGAAACUUCACCUCGGAGCCUUGGCUAGAGGCCUCAGAGGAGACUGGCAAGAUAGUGAGCUCGUUUGACAUUGUAUGCGGGUCACGACUGACUGAUCUACAAAUCACCUUGCAUCAUAAAUGACUACUCAUUAUUAUUUGUAGAUCAGUCAGUCCGUCACAAUGCUCUGGAACACGGGCAGCGUGGCCUUUUCUCAUUCCUCCACCCUCUCUCCUCUGUGACCCGGAAACCGUUAAGAAAGUCAAUAUAUAUAAAAAAUAUUUAAAAAAAUAAAAA